AUGAGCGGACUCGAGAUUGCAGGGCUGGCCAUCGCCGGAGCUACCCUCACAAGCUCGGUCUUUUCACGCAUCAGGGGCAACUCGUACCAAGUGGUCCCCACCACCUUUAAGGGCUCAAGCGGAGAGAUGACAACCACCAGGAUCGCCUCUACCAAGGGGGAUGCCUAUGCCUCGGUCUCGAGCAAUGGCGAUUUGACGGCCCGGUCUUGGGACGGUGGCGAGGCUCUGGGUGUCUUGGCGUUCGACUACAAGGGCUCAUGGAGCGAGAUCACGAAGGAGCCUCGCAAGCGCUAA